AUGUCUCAAGUCAGAAGAAACAUACCCUCUUUCACGGCCGUUACCUCGAGUUUCAGAUCAUAUAUCUUCUCUUUACCAUUGUUGACAACCACAAUUGUCUGUGUGACAAUUCUUCUGUAUGCUUUGGAUGCUCUAUUACUGAGUGUGAACACCGUUUACAGCAAGAUCGAUCUUCUGCCGGAAAAAUUCUUCGAGGGACAAGGAUCAUUAAUAUUCAACUACAAGGAUGUCAGCGUUGGAGGUUUGAGCCCCUGGGUGUUUGGUGUCGUGGUUUGGGAAAGCAGGGAAUUGGCUGGACGCGAACGAGAUUUCUUCUCAAAUAUCGAAUUGAGAGCACCAUUUUCUCGAAUUGUAAACAUUCGCGGGUUCAUCAAGGCCGAAGAAGGUAACAGGAGUGGAUGGUGGUUGCCAUUAUCAAACGAGGAGUCGAUGGAUGAUCACCUAGAGGCUUCGUCGAUAGGUGAAGGUGCUGCCGAGGUCGCUGAAUCCGGCAAUACUGUUACCAGCACAGCGUACGUUUCAUCUUCCUCAUCCUAA